AUGGAGUCUUUAAAGUUGCCUACGACGGCAGCUCGUGCUAAGGCUUUCACUGCCAAGGGUUCUUUGGCUUUUCCGAUGAAGCAGAAUGAGAUGAAGCAAGAGGAUACCGUAGCAGAUUCUGUGGUUAAACAGGAAAAGCAGCCUGAUAAGAUACUCGCGGAAGCGGGUGAUAUUAGUGUUAAUGCAACAGUGACAGUGGAUGAGAAGCAAGUGAAUCCAGCCAAUAGCGUUAAUGAGAUGAUGACGGAACCUGGCGAUGCAGCAGCUUCUGGUAUUGUGCCGACAUUGCAGAAUAUUGUUGCCACUGUAAACUUGGACUGCCGUUUGGAGUUGAAGACGAUUGCUUUGCAUGCACGUAAUGCCGAAUACAACCCUAAGCGUUUUGCCGCUGUUAUUAUGAGAAUUCGUGAACCAAAAACAACGGCCUUGAUCUUCGCAUCCGGUAAGAUGGUUGUUACAGGUGCUAAAUCAGAAGACGAUUCGAAGUUGGCUGCUAGAAAGUAUGCCAGAAUUAUUCAAAAAUUAGGUUUCAACGCCAAGUUCACAGACUUCAAGAUCCAGAAUAUCGUUGGUUCUUGUGACGUGAAGUUCCCCAUUAGAUUGGAAGGUUUGGCCUAUGCGCAUGGUACUUUCAGUUCUUACGAGCCUGAAUUGUUUCCUGGUUUAAUCUAUCGUAUGGUUAAACCCAAAAUUGUCUUGUUGAUCUUUGUUUCUGGCAAAAUUGUCUUGACAGGUGCCAAACAAAGAGAGGAGAUCUACAAGGCAUUUGAAGCCAUAUAUCCCGUGCUAAGUGAGUUUCGGAAGAAAUAA